CCAAAACAUAUCUUCCAAGAAUGCAUUGGGCAGACCACCUCCCUUAGAACUAGUUUUAAAGUUCCAGGAUAAAUCAUGGGCCUACCGCAAUAGCUUUCUUGACAGGGAAAAUCCCCAUUACGAAAAAGAAAAGCAGCAAAGUAGAAAAGAAAAGGAAAAGCGACAACCAAAAAGCUCAUAUACAAUGAAAGGAGAAGAUAUGAAGGAUAUGCUGCUGAUGAUGAAAAACAGAAGCACUGGUAAUCUCAGGAAUGGGAUUAGCUGGAAACUUUACGAAAACCCAUUUUAUUAUUCUAAUCAUCAACAACUACAGAGCCAAAGUAGCAAGCACCUUCAUCAUCAACUGAUACCAGUAAUGGAUUCCGACUUGGGUAUUGCUCGAGCCCAGAUCAUCGACUUGAAAGCUGAGGUGGAGUACGAACGUAAAGCACGUAAAAAGGUGGAGUCUCUCAAUAAGAAACUGGGUAAAGAAGUAGCUGAAGAACGAAGGGGGAAAGAAGCAUUGGAGAGAGUGUGUGAAAAGCUUGCUAGAGAAAUCACUUCAAAGAAAUCAGAGAUGGAUCGAAUGAAAAGAGAGUUCGAGGAGGAAAGAAAGAUGCUAAAGAUAGCUGAAGUUUUAAGGGAAGAAAGAGUUCAAAUGAAGCUGGCCGAGGCCAAGAUUUUGUUCCACGAGAAGUUUAAAGAAUUGGAGGAAAUUAAACGCAAACAAUCUGAUAUUGAAAAUAAUAGCAACGCUGUUUUCGAUUCAAGAGAGUCAACGAGAUUUGCAUCGAGUGAACAACCAUCAUCAUGUUGCCAUAAUAUAAACAGUACUGCUACUGUGUCUUCAUCAAUGGCGGUUCAGCAAAAAGAAUCUCAAGAAGCUGAGAAUCCUCACAUAAAGCGAGGGAUCAAAGGGUUUGUUGAAUUUCCAAAAGUGGUUCGAGCAAUUGGAUCAAAGAGUAGGCGUUGGGGUUCAAAGCUGGAGUGCCAAAAAGCACAGUUAAGGAUUCUAUCCCCAUCCAAGUAAUUGAACUUUCGUUUUUAGGAGGCUUAAAACUUUCUUUAUUUUUGCUUGUUGAAUUGUUUCACUUUAUUGGUCAUUGCUCCCAUACCCAAACUAUCUUGUUCUUGAUAGUUUAUAAGAAAAUAGUAAAUUUAUGCUUUGGGUUUUUAAUUUGCUAACGGUGUCAGGAUGUAUAUAAUUUCCUGUUCAUUGAA